UAAUAUUCAUCUGAUGCUAACUUUAUAGCUUUGACAAGCAGCUGUUAAUCAAUUACUCAAAUUUCCUAUUAGUGAAAUCUUCUCUAUGCAAUUUCAAUUUUUAAACAACCUAACCUAACCUUCGAACCUAUCUGCAAACAAAAUACUUUAGUAGUCCUGAAAACCAAUUUCUAGUUCAAUAUUGCCCAGUAUAUCAAAAAUAAUAUACUGAAACAUAAGGGGUUCAUUAGUAGUAUAUUAAAUAGAAAAAUGUCUGGAGAAAUUAAAAACCCUCCCAAAACCAUCAGUCCAUUUUUGAAAUACAUAGAAACACCCUCCUUACAGGACCUAAGAACUAAAGUGGUGGAAAACAAGAAACUGCCCUUUGUGAUGGUGAGAGACGUUGUGCUACAUAACAAACCUGACGACUGUUGGGUGAUUAUAUUUGGACUGGUUCGGGAUUUAACGCCUUUGAUUGAGGAAUACCAGAAUUCACCAGAGGGGAAAGACAUGGUAAAACCAAUUCUGGCUUUCGCUGGAAAGGAUAUAAGUCACUGGUUUGAUGCACGGACUGGAGAUAUGAAACGCCAUGUGCACCCAAUAACAGGUGCACUCGUACAGUGGACACCCCACGGCCGCAUCCCACACGUUGGCAUUGAGACAGCGGGCACUGACUGGACGCCACCGCCCCGCCUGCCCUGGUGGAUGGACAGCCGCUACGUUGUUGCCCGACUCACCGCCCAAGAGCGACAGAUUCGCAUACUCAACAUGCUGACUGGCCUGGAGGCGCAGUUGUGUGUAUGCGCAGAAGACACUAUCAACCAGAUCCAAGAGCGUUAUUUGCAGUUCAACGCGCAUGCGCAUAGCUAUCUGUGGACCUAUGAUAGACGACCAUUGCAAAUGGACAAAACCCUUCAAGGCAACCGGAUCUAUGAUGAGAGACAAACUUUCGAAGACCUUGAAAUGCCGGCAACCUUCUAUGUGCCAUGUCUUAUGCUAUACUUCAAGGAUGACUUGUCUCAAAUGUGACUUGAAUAAAGUGUGGAGUGCUGCUUGAAUGAAGUGUGGAGUGUAACUUGAAUGAAGAUUAGUAUGAAUUUAAGUAAAGAAAUUCGAGUGAAUUUUCAAAAUGUGAUGUCAUGAAAUAUAACAAAAUCAUUGAUUACUGUCUAUUAAUUUUUAUUGGUCUAAGAUUCAAGUCGACGGUUUUGUAUUUCUGUUUAUGUUUUCAUGUUUAUAUGUUUAUGUUUAUAUAUUUA